CUUUAUUCCUUCAGCCAAAUAAUGAACAUUAUUACUAAGUGAAUAGAAAUGUUUACAGCACAUUCAGUGGUGAAAGACGUGUUGUGGAGAUCAUGGUCAGAAAAGAAGGUGUUACUGUUAACAGCCACUUCUGGUAAAAGCAUCUAUCUAAUAUUGACACUCAUACUUUUGUGUUAUUUCCUCUUUUUACAUCGCUUCCUGAACAGUUCUUAAAAAACCUCACAUAUGUGGAAAUGACUUCUCUAUGAAGCUCGUAAGAAUAUUAAACAUCAUAUUUGUCGAGGAAAAAGUUCCACAGGGAAAAGACUCCUUUAAACUUCACUUUUUUGUAACAAGAUGGCUGGAACUCUGACUUUUCUUCUCAUUAGUUCUCUGCUGCAGGGUGCACUGUGUGAAACGUUCAACAUCAAUAUGCCACAGAAUAUAAAUGUUUUGAGAGGCUCCUGUGUGACCAUCCCCUGCUCCUUUGAUGUUAAGAGCAAAUUUGAAAAUAACUUAGAUAAUACAUGUGAAGCAUAUUGGAGUGAUUCAACUUCAUUUAACAGUGAAAAUGCAAAACUAAAGCCAACUAAAGAAAUGACAGGACACUUAAAAAAGAAAGACUGCACCACAACUUUCAAUAAUGCAAGUCUUCUUCAAAGUACUAAAUAUUACUUCAGACUGGAGUGUGAUAAACCACUGAUAUACACUUUUACACAAGCUGGUGUAGACAUUUCACUCAUAGAUGAUCCUCCCUCACCGACUCUGACUCCAUCCACACUGGAGGUGGAGGAGGGAGCCUCUGUGAGUCUGACGUGCUCUGCUCCAGCUCCAUGUUGGUCUCAUCCUCCAGCUCUGACAUGGAGCCCUAACCUGGGUCAGAGUCAGGAGACACUGCAGGAGAAUCAGGACAAAACUAAAGUCAGGACCUCUGUUAUGAAUUUCACUGCUUCUCACCUCCAUCAUGGAAAUAAAAUCUCCUGCACUGCUGUCUACCAGAAACAAGAUGGUAGCCCUGAUGUCACUGCUGAAGCAAGUUUAACUCCUGAUAUUUCAAGUGGAACGUGGGGGAUCACAGUGCCACAGAAUAUAAAUGUCGUGAGUGGAACCUGUGUGAUCAUCCCCUGCUUCUUUGACGUAGAGAAGAGCUAUAAAAACAUGUUAGAUCAUACAUGUGAAGCAUAUUGGGACAAUGGAGCUGCAAAACUGCUUGCAACUAAAGAAAUGACACGAGACUUAACAAAGAAAGACUGCACCACAACUUUCAAUAAUGCAAGUCUUCUUCAAAGAAGUAAAUACUACUUCAGACUGGAGUGUGAUAAACCACUGAUAUACACUUUUAAACAAGCUGGUGUAGAUAUUUCAUUCAUAGAUCCUCCUUCACCGACUCUGACUCCAUCCACAGUGGAGGUGGAGGAGGGAGCCUCUGUGAGUCUGACGUGCUCUGCUCCAGCUCCAUGUUGGUCUCAUCCUCCAGCUCUGACAUGGAGCCCUAACCUGGGUCAGAGUCAGGAGACACUGCAGGAGAAUCAGGACAAAACUAAAGUCAGGACCUCUGUUAUGAAUUUCACUGCUUCUCACAUCCAUCAUGGAAAUAAAAUCUCCUGCACUGCUGUCUACCAGAAACAAGAUGGUAGCCCUGAUGUCACUGCUGAAGCAAGUUUAACUCCUGAUAUUUCAUAUUCACCUAAAAACAUUACAGUUUCAGUCAGUCCUUCUGGUCCAGUACCAGAGAACAGCAAUGUGAGUCUGACCUGCAGCACUAAUGCCAACCCAGCAGUGAGGAACUACACCUGGUACAGAGUUGAUGGAGACCAGGAGACGUUUAUUGGAACAGGAACUAGUUUAAACAUUAAAGUCUCCAGAGACAGACGGUCAUUUUUCUGCAAGGCUGAAAAUGAGAUUGGAGUUGGACGUUCCAGCAGCAUUCAAAUAGAUGUUCAGUAUUCACCUAAAAACAUCACAGUUUCAGUCAGUCCUUCUGGUCCAGUACCAGACAACAGCAAUGUGAGUCUAAUAUGCAGCACUAAUGCCAACCCAGCAGUGAGGAACUACACCUGGUACAGAGCUGAUGGAGACCAGGAGACUUUAAUUGGAACAGGAACCAGUUUAAACAUUCAAGUCUUCAGAAACAGACGGACAUUUUUCUGCAAGGCUGAAAAUAAGCUCGGAGUUGAACGUUCUAAUGUGACUCAGCUUGAGAUUCAUUUUCUUCCACAGAUCCUGUUUUCAUCAGAUUGUGUUAAAACUGCAAGUCAAGUUAACUGUUCCUGUGACACUGACGGAAACCCUUCCCCUGCUGUACAGUGGUAUUUGAAUGGAGAACCUGUCAAUCAGUCUGGUGGAUUUGAAAUAUUCAGUGAGACUCUAAACAUCACAGUUCACAGGAGCUCCUUCAUUCUGAGUCAACCACAUGUGAAGCAUUUUUCCACCCUGCUCUGCCGUAGCUUCAACUCUCUGGGAUCUGCCAGUCAACAAUUUUGUAUGAGCAAGUUUAAAAGCUCUGCAGAACCUCAAGGUUCAGUUCUGUAUCCAGUGAUCGUCUCCACUCUUGUAGUGUUACUAUUAGUACUAAUGUGUGUUCUGCUGUUUGUUAUCAGGACUCAGACGAAUCACUGUAAGCCGAAAGUUGGGUUAAUAGAUGAAAACAACACAGUUGCGAUGAUUCAGCCUCCGACUGAAGAAGGAAAUGAGGCACCAAACACAACAGAAGAGAGCAUUUAUGCAAAUGCUGAAAGGUUGAGAGAGGCAGGCAUUGUUGACCCUAAAGUAGUUGCUGAGCCAAGUAGCACCAACUUGCCAAGCGCUGAGCCAGUGGGUGCAAGAGGAAGCAAAAACUCUGAGAACAAAGGCGACAAGUGUGAAGCAAUUUACUCUAGUGUGAACUGGAAGACCAAGAGCAAGAAAAAGAAGGAAGAAACCUCUGUGGACUUGAAUUCACCUGGUAGCUAUUAUCUGGAGGAGGAGAAGUGCAUUGUGGAGGGAAUUAACAGAAAUUUUGUGAGCAAUGCACUAGAGAUGGGAGGCCUGUAUGAUGAAGUGGGGGGUAAGAAUGUGAAAAAGGAAGUGGACUGUGAAUAUGCCCAGGUAAAAUUUAAAGACAAGACUGAAAAGAAAAAGAAGUAAACUUCUGUUUUGUUGAGCUUACUGCUAAAAACAUAGCUGUCCAGCAUUAUCCUAUCUUAAAUAACAUUUAAGAUAGGAUUAGAAAUACAAUUACAUAACCUUUAAUGAUUAGCCUUUGAAUAGUUACCAAGAAAUAUUUUUUGUUGUGUAAAUAUACCAUUGCUUAACUGGCUCUCAUAUGUACCAGUGCACAGCCAUCUUCUUUUGUGUGCGUUUAUUAUUGAAUCUGGCACAAUAUCUCUGUUUGAAGACACUGCUUCAAACAGUAAAAUAUUAGGUUAAAGCUCAGGAGCCAACUUAUAACUCCUUAGUGACUAUGCCUGUCACUGCAAAUUUCAGACCUUUGUUUAGGAACCUGUGCUAGACCCACUGAUUUGUAGUUCCACGGAAUAUCAUUUGUUGGUAAAAGAGCAAAAAGACCAGACUUUUUGUUAAUAAGGUGUUUUUUUUAAUUAAAAAUUUUGUAUGUCAUGUGAUGACAUUGUGUCAUCAUUCUGUCUCAAAAUAAAAAGUCUGAGACAUAAUAAACAAAAUUAUAUAUCAUAAACCAUGAGGAGAAGCGCGAGGAUCAGCAGACACUUUGACAUGAAACUGUAGGAAAGACAGAAUUGUCACUCACAGUAGCUGUGGUAUUGUGUACAGAAGUAAAAUUUGUUUGUAUAUUUACAAAAUAUUAGUGUGUUUACAGUGUUUUGAUGUUAUAAGACAGCCAGAAAUAUAUCGCUCAUAAAAAUAUUAUGAGCGAUAAUUAAACACAACAUAAUCACAAUUGCUUUUAUUUUGGCAAACAUUUUCAAAAAUGAAGUACAGCUGUGAGAUUUGUCUUUUAUGAAUAUGUAGUUUCAUUUUCUUUUAUGGGUAGCUAUUCAUUUACAUACAAAGUAGCUAUUGGGUGACCCACUGGUAGCAUAUGCAUAAAAGUGUAUCUAUCUAGUUGGUUUUGUUCUUUUUGUAUGCUCCAUAUUAACAUCCUUUUGGCAAGCUUAACAUAAUUCCACUGGCUAGCUGCAUAUUAUAUUGUAUUAUUGAUUUAGGGUUCACUUCAAUUAUCAUUUAGGGCCUAAAUCCUUACAGCAUGUUAGAUGCAUCUAACCUUUGAGGCCAUGCUUUAAAAUUGAAUGUACAACAAAUAUUAAAAAACUUUCA